GCCGGAGUGUUGAAGCCGGAGUGAGGUAUCCCCGUGUCCAUGGUGAACGUGAAGGGCCUUGCGCGUCUGAAGAAAGAGGACCCGAAGGGGUCGGGACAGGGCAACCAAAAGCCCGCCACUGCCCUCUUCAAGAAAUCCGAGGGCGAUGCCGCUGCUAGCAAGAGGAAGGCGGCGACCAAGGGGUCCCCCCGGCUACCAAAAAGCCGAAGAAGGGGGAUAUCACCGAUAAAGAGCCCCCGGUUGUGAUUGUUGAUGAGCACCCCGCCUCCGGGGUGCAUGUGGAGAAACCAUCGGAUGGACCGCCGGUGGGGGCGGAGGAGUUGCUGCCUGAGGUCCUCCAUGUUUCUCUUCCGAGGGGUACGUCUCUGGCCAGUGGCGCUGUUGACCCGGGGGCCAUCUUGAGGGGCAUAACCCCUGAGACGGAUAGGGCUGCCCUCGGGGCUUAUAAUGAUGCGGCCCUCGAAGACCACAUUCUCCGCUCCUCCCUCUCUGUAAGUGUUCACUCGGCUUUCUUCCUCUUUUCCUUUGAUCAUUUUGCGUGACUGCCUUUAACCGUUUUUGUUGUUGAUCCGUAGGCUUGUCUAGCCCUCGGCGAACAGGCCCGGAGGCUUCAAGAAUGGCGCCUCCAUAAAGCGGAGCAGGACGCCAAAAUGAGGGAGUGUAUCCUCAAAAACAAGGAGGCCGUGAAGCUGGGGGCCAGGCUAGAAGAGGAGCUUCGGCAAAUGAAGCUAAAAUUGGAGGCCGCAGAAAAGAGCAAGGCUGAUGCCGAGGCCGCUGCUGAGGAGGCCAGGAGAGCUUCCAAAGAGGCCGAGGAUUCCAAGGCGCUAGCCGUCGCCAAGGCUCAGGAGGAGGCCGUUGACGCCUUCGUCGCCGAGGGUUGGAGAGCCGAGGGACGCAAGGUGUGGGUGUCCUCGGUCGUGGAGGCAUGCGUUGAUGAAUGGGCCGAGGGCCCUGGGUGGGAAUGGAUGGCCCGGAAGGGUAGGGAAUAUUAUGAGGCCGGCGAAUUCUUCACCCAGGCCCUCGUCUAUCGGAGGAUGGCCCGGCACCUGAACAUUGAGCCAAAGGACUUCGCCCCCUCGGCAUAUGGCCUUCCUCCCCUGCAGCCUGAUGUCCGUGAAUCCCUUCCCGAAGGUGUACAACGGCCCGAUCUUGAGGACACAGAGCUGAAGAAGGAGGCCGAGGACGACGUUGUUGAGGCCGGAGCGGAGGUAUCGUCGAGGCCGGCUGCAGAGGACGCCCCGGGGAAUGAUGCUGUUGAGGUUGUUGAAUGAUUCUGUACUUAGAAAUUUCGGAACAAAUUUUUGUAAUGAACACUCUUGAUCCUUCGGCUUCGGACUGUUUGUAAUUUUACACUUACUUCUGUUCUUGAUGAAUGCAUGCUGCCCCGGGGCUUUUCACAUUUGAAUGCGCCCUAUGUUUGAAUGUAUGCUUUCUCCUUUAUGCUUUCCUCACGUAUGAAUGUAUGGUGGUUUAGUGAUGGCCGAAGGCCAUGUUAUUGGGACUUAGAGAAUUUUUGCAAAUGUAGUGUGUUAUGUAGCCCUCGGCUACUGUGGAGCCCCAACUGAAAUGUUGAUUAGGCCGGGGGGCCAAUUCUUUAGGACUUAGAAAAUUUUCCUUAGUGUUGAUUCCUUGUGUACUGUAGCCUUUGAUUGAUAGGUAGCCUUCGGCUAUUGGGUCCCUUUAUAAGUUGAGGGUGAAAUAUGUAGGGCUCAGAAAGAUUUCCAAGUGUAACUUUUCCCUUGGGAGCCUUCGGGCGAUGGCAUCCCUUCUUGAUGUAUGAGUAGCUGACCGAG